CUCCAGUCUGAAUCAAGUCUGGCUCUGACUGCCGAGCGGACAUGAAAGAGCUUUGCCGCUCCCGAGCUCUAUUCGGUUACGAUCGUUCGCGCGCGAGAUUUUCAAAUUUUAAUCAAAAAACCGUUUACGUGAAUUGUUGGUGAAUGUGAUUUGAUUAGUGAAUUGGAAUUGUGAUCAAAUGUUGUGUGAACGUUUUCGGAUUAUUUGCUCUUGAUGAAGAGAUAGAAAGAGUCUAUGGAAAUCGCAGAGGCGGUUUCCAGCAAUCCUCCAAGUCCAGAGGACGCUACGAUGUGGGACGUUAUUGACGCCGCCGCCGACUGCGAAUGUCCCGGUCCUCCUCCGGAAUUUCUGCUACCGCCACCCCCGCGGCCUCCCUCCUUACAACCUCUGGAUCCGAUGUUUUGCACUGACGAUCCCUGAUAGAUGCCAGCUACCGAAGUAGUCCAUCUUCCCAGACAUUGGCUGUGAUAGUUUUAUGUUCAGUGUUACUCGGACUACUAGUUUUCAUAGCUGUCAUUCUAGUUUGGAAACAUAAACGAGUGCAAAACUUUUUACCUUGUAAAAAUUCCCCUCAAAACAACUGUGAUGCAGCGGCAGCCACCGGGCUGUACGAAGACUUGAACGAGGUGCUACCAAGGCAUACCACCACGCCUCAUCAUCAUCACCAUCAGCUGACUGGUGGACAUAUUGUGGCACCUUCAAUCGAGAUGAUCGACGUGAAAAACAACAUUCACUACCCGAGUGGAUACCCGAUCUCUCAGCAUCCGCCAGUUUUCCUGUGUUCUUCGCCAGGUCCGGACCCGUACAGUUCCCAAGACCUCUACAAUCCAGUCUAUGAGGAGCUGAGCGACGCUGACACGGACGCUGAGCGACAUGGAGGGCAUAGUGAGGACGAAUUCGCUGAGGACGAGCUCAGUUUAGCCGGUGAAAUGGAUCGAAGGAGGUUGGAAAUGCCUCCUCCUCCAUAUCGACCGGGCAACGGCUCGAUGCGACGUGAGAUUCCCCGGUUUAGGAGGCCUCAUGAACCAUUACCGCCCUUACCAAAUAAUAAACGAAAUCGAAGUUUAGAACGCCAUCGGCAAGAGUUCCACGAAGGAAUGGUUCUGGACGCUCUCCUUCAGCUCUACCCUCGUGUGGGGAGUGUGGAGCCUCCAUGCAGCAAUCAGCGCCGCCAAAUCCCCAGUAUAGCCCAAAGGCUCCAAUACAUGGGGCAAACGCCUGGGCCUUACGAAACAGUGCCCGUAAUCAGCCACUUAGCGACGUUUCGUCCCAUGCCCAAACCCUACUCGCAUGACUCGGCACUCGGCUCCGACUCGGGCUACAGCAACCACACGAGUGGGACUAGUAGGGGCUCCAAUAGGGGCCGCCGGGACCCUAGACGAUUGUCGCAAAUCAGUGCGGACUUGGCCUUAACGUAAUAUCGGUGCUAACAAUUGUAAAUAAUUCUGAUCAGGCAAAGCGAAUUUGUGGACUGGGAUUGACUGUUUAUGAAAUAUCGCAUACCAAAUCAUUAGGAACUUAACCAUAAUCAUCGUUGUACUACUCAGGAGUAAUCAGCACUGCUUGCUACGGUAGAUAGUGACUCCAUAUUGAGCUUCUUAGGUCUACUAAAGAUCCUUUGUCCAACAUUUGUGAUAUUAAGGAGGGUGGUCGAACAACAGGAUGAUCCAAAGCGAGUUUUUGAGUAUUUUGCUGAUUUUAAGCUCUCAUUUGCAUCGUCGGAUCGCCUUUAACACCGCAACUUUCUUCGAGCUUUGACGCGAGUUUUGGUAGAGUGGGGAACAAUACUUGCAGGCAAGAAGUGUUUCCAAACGGGCCUAAUCUAGUUUUACCUACGCAACAAAAUUAACUAGAAACUAGUGGGUUUGUCGGGUUUUGAGGCCGUCGUAAAAUUGAAUUUCUUCGUGGCGUUUCGCAAGCACGAGUGGCUUGCAUCUUCAGGGGUGGUUUGCUUGAACGCUUAUACUGUUCUGAUGUUUCUCAGCUCAGAGCACUAGUGAACAGACGAGUAAUUGUUCAGAUGUGGCAACAAACGCUGUUCUAGCUCCACUGGUUUUUCAGAAAUAUAUUUGUCAAACUCACUGUGCAUGAAAGGAUCGUCAAAAAUCCGCUCUCCGAUCAUUAAAAUUUCGUAAAAUCUUAGAAAAGAGGACGAUUGAACUGCAUUUUGUGGCAUUAGUGAAGAAAAGCGUGCUUUUUCAGAUACCUAUCGUAAGAAACACUCUUCUUCCUGCACCGGUGUUUGAGGAACGUUUUUUUGCAUCUCGUUGUACGGAGAGGACAUCGGUUGAUUAAAAAUUCGAAAAAUCUAGGAAAAUAGCACGAUUAAACUGAAUUUCAGAACACUAGUGAAGAAAAGACUGUAUUUUCAGAUGUGGUAACAAACGUUUUUCUACCUCCACCGGUUUUCCCGAAAUGUUUUUUUGAAAGUCACUGUGUAAAGGAGCCAUCGCAAGAAAUCCGCACUCGGUUGAUUAAAAAUUCGAAAAAUCUACGCAAAUAGCGCGAUUAAACUGAAUUUCAGAGCACUAGGAAGAAAAGAGUGUAUUUUCAGAUGUGGUAACAAACGCUUUUCUAGCUCCACUGGUAUUUCAGAAAUGUAUUUUUGAAACGCACCGUGCAGCAAAAGAUCGUCAAAAAUCCGCACUCCAAUCAUUAAAAUUUUGUAAAAUCUUAAAAAAUACGGCGAUUGAACUGCAGUUUCUAGCAUUAGUGAAGAAAAGAGUGCUUUUUCAGAUAUCGUAACAAACGCUUUUCUUCCUCCGCCGGUUGUUGAGAMACGUUUUKUUUUUAUCUCAUUGUACGGAGAGGGAAUCGCGAAAAAUCCGCACUCGGUUGAUUMAAAAUUCGAAAAAUCUACGMAAAUAGCGCGAUUAAACUGAAUUUCAGAGCACUAGUGAAGAAAAGAGUGUAUUUUCAGGUGUGGUAACAAACGUUUUUCUACCUCCACCGGUUUUCCCGAAAUGUUUUUUUGAAAGUCACUGUGUAAAGGGGCCAUCGCAAGAAAUCCCCACUCGGUUGAUUAAAAAUUCGAAAAAUCUACGAAAAUAGCGCGAUUAAACUGAAUUUCAGAGCACUAGUGAAGAAAAGAGUGCUUUUUCAGAUGUGGUWACAAACGCUUUUCUAGCUCCACUGGUUUUUCAGAAAUGUAUUUUURAAACUCACUAUGCAAGAAAGGAUCGUCAAAAAUCCGCAMUCCGAUCAUUAAAAUUUCGUAAAAUCUUAGAAAAGAGGCCGAUUGAACUGCAUUUUGUAGCAUUAGUGAAGAAAAGAGUGGUUUUUGAGAUAUCGUAACAAACACUUUUCUACCUCCAUCUCGAUUAAAAAUUCGAAAAAUCUAGGAAAAUAGCGCGAUUAAACUGAAUUUCAGAGCACUAGUGAAGAAAAGAGUGCUUUUUCAGAUGUGGUAACAAACGCUUUUCUAGCUCCACUGGUAUCGUCAACAAAGGAUCUUCAGAAAUCCGCACUCCGAUUUAAUGAUCAAUAUAAAUAAUCUUUAUUUCCUACAGAAAAAGGCUAUCGACCCAAUCGGUCUUUCUGCCCCGAUCAUUAAAAUUUCGUAAAAUCUUAGAAAAGAGGCCGAUUUAACUGCAUUUUGUAGCAUUAGUGAAGAAAAGCGUGCUUUUUCAGAUACCUAUCGUAACAAACACUUUUCUUCCUCCACCGGUUUUUGAGGAACGUUUUUUUGAAUCUCACUGUACGGAGAGGACAUCGCGAAAAAUCCGCACUCGGUGGAUUAAAAAUUCGAAAAAUCUAGGAAAAUAGCGCGAUUAGACUGAAUUUUAGAGCACUAGUGAAGAAAAAAGUGCUUUUUCAGAUGUGGUAACAAACGCUUUUCUAGCUCCACUGAUUUUUCAGAAAUGUAUUUUUGAAACUCCAAAGAAAUUGCAUUUUACGACGGCCUAAAACGCACUAGUUUCAAGGAAUGGCCUCGAAAGUCUAUCUCUUUUAACAUUAAGUAGGUUUGUUUCGUCAUAACACACUAUACAAUUCUUGGGUAUUCCUUUGAAAAGUAGCCAAAAAUCUCGUAGUUUAUUGCGAUCAAUAUUGAGCAGUUCUAGUAGAAAUCAAUCGAAAUUUCUAAAUAAAAAAUGUAAUUCCCAAACCGAUGAAAAUGCGUGAAUCGUUUAAUUAUCAAGCUUCUUGUAUUCUAUCUGCUCUAUUUGCAGCAAAAGCACCACGCAAUUUACCCACAAAAUAUCAAGCUUAUUGAAACCUUGCAGGGUUUGAUGUUGAAAUAAAUCCAGCUAAAGCCAGUGUCAUUCCAGUUUCAGUGAAUUAUAGCGAGUGUGUAAAUAGUAAUCGUAGUGGCAGCUUUAGAUAGUCCUUUCUACCUAGUUUCUUGCCUUUACGUAAACUUUGUAUACUUUCUCCCUGUAAAAUAUUGUACAUUGUCUGUAACUUUUUAAAUUAUUUUGUACGUUUAUUAAUAAGCAGUAAGGUUAAAUGGAAGAAAUACGACAUAGAUCAUUACCUACCACACGCUUACAUCUGUUAGCAGUAGUUAGAAUGUGAACUUCUAUUUUCGACUAUGCCAUUCUGUGACAUGGGAAGAAAUAGAAUGUUGUGUCACGAUUUUUACCGAACAUUUCAUAAGUUACCACGAUUUCCUGCUAGAAUAUCUAUAAACGAAAAUCUUCCGUGGCUUUUGCACCAUUCACAAACCAAUCGGGCAUUUGGUGGGCAAAUUCACCGAAGAUUUAUUCCGAUAAUUUAGCCAACUAUGUACUUAUUAGCGAUUGUAUAAUCAACUACGACUGUCCCUAAAGCAAUAUCACGACUGUUUCUAUAUUUUGUCUUUUUAACAGCAAAAUUUAUGGAUCGACAAAAUGUAGGUAGCAGCAGAAAACUUUCAAACCACAAAUAAUUUCCCGUAACUUAAGGUAUACACACAGGGUCAGUAAUUUCCAUUAAUUUAAUUUUAUUAACGUGCACCUUAUUUAGUGUUCGCCUCGAACUUGGUCCUAGUCGAAAUUGUAAAUUGUUUUAACAUUAGUUUUGUACAAGUUUCCUGUUUUAUAAGUUGUCAAUUGUCUUAUUUUCUAUAAUGUUGUUAUUGUUUCCCAGUUGUUUAAUUUGAGAAUAUAAACUAUGACUUUUAA